AGCAGAGCUCUUGGCUAACUGGAAAAACCACAGAAAAUCUGGGGAGACCUGCGCCACCAGCUGAACCAGCUCUGUCUCCUGGCUCUCCAGACACCACAUGCGGGCCUGGAGGGUGGCUCCUCUUUGCUGGUUUGUGUCCAAGAUGUGGCUGAUGAGGUGAAUCUAGGAUCCACCUGCCAAAAAUGUGGCAGCUCUUGGCCACCCUCAGCUGCCUGGUGCUGCUGACCAGUGCUCGGGAGAGUCUGCAUUUCCAGCCUCUGUCGGAUGAGCUGGUCAAUUUUGUUAACAAGCAAAACACUACGUGGACGGCCGGACACAAUUUCUACAAUGUGGACCUGAGCUACGUGAAGAAGCUCUGUGGCACCUUCCUGGGUGGACCCAAGCUGCCCCAGAGAGCUGCGUUUGCUGCAGACAUGAUCCUGCCCAAAAGCUUCGAUGCCCGGGAACAGUGGCCCAACUGCCCGACCAUCAAAGAAAUCAGAGACCAGGGCUCCUGUGGCUCCUGCUGGGCGUUUGGGGCUGUGGAAGCCAUCUCUGACCGGAUCUGCAUCCGCAGCAACGGGCGUGUCAACGUGGAGGUGUCCGCUGAGGACAUGCUCACCUGUUGUGGUGACGAGUGUGGGGAUGGCUGUAACGGCGGCUUUCCCUCUGGAGCCUGGAACUUCUGGACAAAGAAGGGCCUGGUGUCCGGGGGCCUCUAUAACUCGCAUGUGGGUUGCAGGCCCUACUCCAUCCCACCUUGCGAACACCACGUGAACGGCUCCCGGCCCCAGUGCACCGGGGAGGGGGACACCCCCAAGUGCAGCAAGAUCUGCGAGCCUGGCUACACCCCGUCCUACAAAGAAGACAAGCACUUCGGAUGCAGCUCCUACAGCAUCUCUAGGAACGAGAAGGAGAUCAUGGCGGAGAUCUACAAAAACGGCCCGGUCGAGGGGGCCUUCACUGUGUACUCGGACUUCCUGCAGUAUAAGUCUGGAGUGUACCAGCACGUCACAGGAGACUUGAUGGGAGGCCAUGCCAUCCGCAUCCUGGGCUGGGGAGUGGAGAAUGGCACCCCCUACUGGCUGGUCGGCAACUCCUGGAACACAGACUGGGGUGACAAUGGCUUCUUUAAGAUCCUCAGAGGACAGGAUCACUGUGGCAUCGAGUCAGAGAUCGUGGCUGGAAUCCCAUGUACUCCCCAUUUCUAGAAGUGCUGAUCUGUUUGCCCGCCCCUGGGGCAGUUUUUCCCGCAGUAUAGCCCUUGGGAUUGGGGGUGUGAUGGGGGGAUAGGAAAUGUCUUUUAUUCUUUGAGUUCAGAUAAGAUGCAGGAGUUUUUAGACAGGCCUCAAGGACUGGGUCGGGCCAAGCCUCGUGUCUGCCAUCAGCACUGUCUUCCAAGGAGACACAGCUAAGGCCUGAUCAGGGAAUGGACCGCUGUCACAUCACAAACACCACAGAAGCCGCCGCUUCCGCCGCCACCCGGAGAACGCAGCCCUCCUCAGACUAGCUGUGUCCUGCCCGGUCCCACUCACUUCUGCCACACACCCUCCCACACUCCCAGCCGCAUCGCCUAGAAGCAGAACAGAGACCCCAGCAUUUGUAGGUUUCCCAGGACUGGAAGGCAGAGCUCCUACCUGGACAGAGGCCCUUCUGAGCAGGCAGCUGCUAGACCUGGAGGAGGUUGAGGAGGUCUGGGGUGGCCCUGGGGAGAAAGCCACAGUCUGCCUGGGCCCCGCAUCUGUCGAGCUUUGCGGAGUGGUUUACCCCAUCUGGUCUUGGUGUGAUUCCUUCUCAAAAGAAAUUCUAGGUCUUGAUCACAUGAGCAAGUCGGGUGGUGGGAAGGGCUGUACUGGUUCUACAGGUCAUCUACUUAAAGCAAUGAAAUUAGUUUGCAGAGAAACCAGUUUUUACUGUUUAAAACCACUGCUUCACCCUGUCAGUGUAACAAGGAUGACUGCCGAUAAAAUGCCUCUCCUUCAAUGUGACAUCUGCGUUCUGGUGCAUCUGGAAGAUGGUUUGUUGCUGUCUCUAGACUUGUAGCUGCUGUCUCUCCUUAGCCCCCAGAAGAAUCAUGUUCCCACGGGCCGUUGAAACGCUAUCCAGGGAUGUCUUGCUUCAGUUGAGUGGAACAAAAUAAAUAAUUUUAACGUCA